UGACCUCCUGCAGACACUGCUCCUCGGGGGUCCUUCCCAACGAGAGGAUCCGCAACAUCGGGAUCUCGGCCCACAUCGACUCCGGGAAGACGACGCUGACGGAGCGAAUCCUGUUCUACACGGGCAGGAUCGCGCAGAUGCACGAGGUGAAAGGUAAGGAUGGAGUUGGAGCUGUGAUGGAUUCCAUGGAGCUGGAGCGACAGCGGGGCAUCACCAUCCAGUCUGCGGCCACUUACACCAUGUGGAGAGACACCAACAUCAACAUCAUUGACACCCCAGGACACGUGGACUUCACCAUUGAAGUGGAGAGGUCUCUGAGAGUCCUGGAUGGAGCAAUCCUGGUGCUCUGUGCUGUUGGAGGAGUCCAGUGCCAGACCAUCACUGUGAACAGGCAGAUGAAGAGGUACAACGUGCCCUUCCUGACCUUCAUCAACAAACUGGACAGGAUGGGCUCCAACCCAGCCAGGGCCGUGCAGCAACUCAGGUCCAAGUUGAAACACAAUGCAGCUUUUGUCCAGAUUCCAAUUGGGCUGGAGGGAGACUUUAAAGGAAUUAUAGAUCUUAUUGAAGAAAAAGCCAUUUAUUUUGAUGGGGCACUUGGGCAGACCCUCCGUGUUGAGGAGGUCCCGGCCGAGCUGCGGGCGGAGGCUGCCGAGCAGCGCCGGGAGCUCAUCGAGUGCGUCGCCAACGCCGACGAUCAGCUCGGGGAGAUGUUCUUGGAAGAGAAGAUUCCCACGGCUGCUGAGUUAAAGCUUGCCAUCAGGAGAGCGACGCUGAAGAAGUCCUUUACCCCAGUCCUCGUGGGAAGUGCUUUGAAGAACAAAGGGGUGCAGCCACUGCUGGAUGCUGUCCUGGAAUACCUUCCCAAUCCCUCUGAGGUGGAGAACUAUGCUAUUCUGAACCAGGGGGAUUCUGAGGAUGGAUCCAAGUUCCUGUUGAACUCUGCUCGUGAUGGUUCCCAGCCUUUCAUCGGCCUUGCCUUCAAACUGGAGGCUGGUAAAUUUGGGCAGUUAACCUACAUCAGAGUUUACCAGGGGAUGCUGAAGAAGUCUGAUUACAUCUACAACACCAGGACUGGGAAGAGGGUGCGAGUGCAGAGGCUCGUCCGGAUGCACUCGGACAACAUGGAGGAUGUCAGUGAAGUUUAUGCUGGAGACAUCUGUGCCCUGUUUGGGAUUGACUGUGCCAGCGGGGACACCUUCACUGAUAAAACCAGCACUGCCAUCUCCAUGGAAUCCAUCCACGUCCCCGAUCCCGUCAUCUCUGUGGCCAUGAAGCCUUCCAACAAGAACGACUUUGACAAGUUUUCCAAAGGCCUGAACCGCUUCACGAGGGAAGAUCCCACUUUUAGAGUCCACUUUGAUGAUGAGAGCAAGGAGACCAUCGUUUCUGGGAUGGGGGAGCUGCACCUGGAAAUCUAUGCCCAGCGAAUGGAGAGGGAAUAUGGUUGUCCUUGCACCACGGGGAAGCCCAAAGUUGCCUUCAGGGAGAACAUCUCUGCACCUGUUCCGCUCCUGAUUCGAGUGUAGAACACGUGAUCUGCUUCCUCUGUGCUCUUUAGUUCUCCUUCAAGUGCGAACUGCACAUCUGGAGCAAUGUUUUUGUU